CAGAGCAGAGAGAGAGAGGAGUACGGGGGGAACAGUAAGAAAACAGAAACAACACCUAAAAAUACCAUUCACGGUCGUCAUAGACGGGGUGUUCGCUUUUGAAUACUGAUGGAAUUUUAAAUUUAGUUUUUUUUCUGCAUGUUAAAGACUCGGUCUUAACCGGAGGGAAGGCUUCGCAUUUUUCUCUUUUAGAAAAUAAACUCGCCAAAUGAACUCCGUCAGAGCCACCAACAGGAGACCCAGGCGAGUGUCGAGGCCGCGCCCGGUGCAGCCGGAAAGGAACAACCAGGAAAGAGAUGAGGACGUUCCUGCAGACAUGGUUGCAGAAGAAUCCGGCCCUGGAGCGCAGAACAGUCCCUACCAACUCCGCAGGAAGUCCCUGCUGCCCAAGAGGACCGCCUGUCCGGCCAAGACCAGCAUGGAGGGCGCUUCCACCUCCGCCACGGAAAACUUCGGACAUCGCCCAAAACGUGCCAGACUAUCGGGAAAGUCGCAAGACCUUCCAGCCGCCCCUGCCGAGCAGUACCUCCAGGAGAAGCUUCCGGACGAGGUGGUGCUGAAGAUCUUCUCCUACCUGUUGGAGCAGGACCUGUGUCGGGCCGCCUGUGUGUGCAAGCGCUUCAGUGAGCUGGCCAACGACCCCAUCCUCUGGAAGAGGCUGUACAUGGAGGUGUUCGAGUACACGCGUCCCAUGAUGCACCCUGAGCCCGGGAAGUUCUACCAGAUCAACCCCGAGGAGUACGAGCAGCCCAAUCCCUGGAAGGAGAGCUUUCAGCAGCUGUACAAAGGCGCGCACGUAAAGCCUGGCUUUGCGGAACACUUCUACAGUAAUCCAGCCCGGUACAAAGGCAGAGAGAACAUGCUGUACUACGACACUAUCGAGGACGCCUUGGGCGGGGUGCAGGAGGCUCACUUCGACGGGCUGAUAUUCGUCCACUCCGGGAUCUACACCGACGAGUGGAUCUACAUCGAGUCGCCCAUCACCAUGAUCGGUGCAGCUCCUGGGAAAGUGGCCGACAAGGUGAUCAUAGAGAACACCCGAGACUCCACGUUCGUGUUCAUGGAGGGGUCAGAGGACGCCUAUGUGGGCUACAUGACCAUCAGGUUCAACCCUGACGACAAGUCGGCCCAGCACCACAACGCGCACCACUGCCUGGAGAUCACGGUCAACUGCAGCCCCAUCAUCGACCACUGCAUCAUCCGCAGCACCUGCACAGUGGGUUCGGCUGUCUGUGUGAGUGGCCAGGGGGCUUGUCCCACCAUCAAACACUGCAACAUCAGUGACUGUGAGAACGUGGGGUUGUACAUCACUGACCACGCGCAGGGUAUAUACGAAGACAACGAGAUCUCCAACAACGCGUUGGCCGGGAUCUGGGUGAAGAACCACGGCAACCCCAUCAUCAGACGGAACCACAUCCACCACGGGAGAGACGUGGGCGUGUUCACCUUCGACCACGGCAUGGGCUACUUCGAGAGCUGCAACAUCCACAGGAACCGGAUAGCGGGCUUCGAGGUGAAGGCGUACGCCAACCCCACGGUGGUGCGCUGCGAGAUCCACCACGGCCAGACGGGAGGCAUCUACGUGCACGAGAAGGGCCGCGGCCAGUUCAUCGAGAACAAGAUCUAUGCAAACAACUUCGCCGGGGUGUGGAUCACCUCCAACAGCGACCCCACCAUCAGGAGCAACGCCAUCUACAAUGGCAACCAAGGCGGAGUUUACAUAUUCGGGGACGGACGGGGUCUUAUAGAGGAGAACGAUAUCUACGGCAACGCCCUGGCGGGGAUCCAGAUCCGCACCAACAGCUGCCCCAUCGUCCGGCACAACAAGAUUCACGACGGCCAGCACGGAGGCAUCUACGUGCACGAAAAGGGGCAGGGCGUGAUCGAGGAGAACGAGGUGUAUAGCAACACCCUGGCGGGCGUGUGGGUGACGACGGGAAGCACGCCCGUCUUACGGAAAAACCGGAUACACAGCGGGAAGCAGGUGGGCGUGUAUUUCUACGACAACGGUCAUGGCGUGCUGGAAGAUAACGACAUCUACAACCACAUGUACUCUGGGGUGCAGAUCAGAACUGGCAGCAACCCCAAAAUCAGGAGGAACAAGAUCUGGGGCGGUCAGAACGGUGGAAUUCUAGUUUACAACUCCGGUCUGGGCUUCAUUGAGGAUAAUGAGAUCUUCGAUAACGCCAUGGCGGGGGUGUGGAUAAAGACGGACAGCAACCCCACGCUGCGGAGGAACAAGAUCCACGACGGGAGAGACGGAGGGAUCUGCAUCUUCAACGGGGGGCGAGGACUGCUGGAGGAGAACGACAUCUUCAGAAACGCCCAGGCAGGCGUGCUCAUCAGCACCAACAGCCACCCCAUCCUGCGCAAGAACCGGAUAUUCGACGGCUUCGCCGCUGGCAUCGAGAUCACGAAUCACGCCACAGCGACUCUAGAAGGCAAUCAGAUCUUCAACAACCGCUUCGGGGGGCUGUUCCUGGCGUCAGGAGUCAACGUCACUAUGAAAGACAACAAAAUAAUGAACAAUCAGGACGCCAUCGAGAAGGCGGUGAACCGAGGGCAGUGCCUGUACAAGAUCUCCAGCUACACCAGCUACCCCAUGCACGACUUCUACAGGUGUCACACGUGCAACACGACGGACCGCAACGCCAUCUGUGUCAACUGCAUCAAGAAGUGCCAUCAAGGGCACGACGUAGAGUUUAUUAGGCACGAUAGGUUUUUCUGUGACUGUGGGGCCGGGACGCUGUCGAACCCCUGCACGCUGGCCGGAGAGCCCACCCACGACACGGACACUCUGUACGACUCGGCGCCCCCGAUAGAAUCCAACACGCUGCAGCACAACUGAGCUGCACCCCUGCCCUGCCCCGCCCCCUCCCUCCCCCCCACGAGCCUGUCCACCCCAACCCCCCUACGGAGAAAUGGAGCUUGUGCCACUCGACCGAGAGGGACUCCGUGUGUAAACUAAGCGUGGACGAGAAAAACACAAACUUUAGAAGUGUAACGGAAAAACACAAACUUUAACAAAAUGGGAAAGAAUAAACUUGGGACAGGCUUUGUACUGAGAGGUUUAUAUAUUUAAGAGGAAAAAAAAACAAACAGAAAAAGGAUAUUCUGGUGUGGACGUGGCGCCGUUUCCCCCCCUCUUGUACCCGUUCCCUCCUGUCGAUGUGUUCACAAAGAACCUGGAUUACACAGAGGGUCUCGUGCACGGCCAAGGAAGAGAGGAACGCGUCGUCCAGAAACGCAAACGGGCGGGGUGUGGGAACGCCGAGCGAGAGACGGCCUCGCUCCCGCUCCCCCACACUCCCCCCAGGCCUGUAGGGGGCGCCGUCACAGGAAACCUCAAACUGCAGUUUUGUAAAGACGAGUGGUGAGCCAUAGCCGUGACCACACCGUCGCCCUGGGGAACCGUCGCCCUCUGGGGACCGUCACCCUGGGAAACCGUCACCCUGGGAACCGUUGCGCUGGUGUAUGUGUACGGUUUAAAAAAAUGUGACUGGCACUUCGGCUUUUUUUUUUUUUUUUUUUUUUUAAGCGUUGAGAAAUUUGAUUUUAAUGCUUUCUCAUGUAGUUUUGUAUUUUCAAGCAAAAAUCUUACUGUACUUGAAUGUCUUAUUUUAUUAUAAUUUUUUUUUUUUGGUUAGAACACCCUAGAUUUGCUGUAAUCCUGCUCAUGUCCCAGUAUAUAAGUUCUUUCUGUGAAAGAGAAUUUAAAGAAAAAAAGAAAAGUUCGGAAAAGAGAAAAAAAAAACACUAAAAAAAAAAUUCCUCCAGCAAUGUUACCAAUUUUAAAUGAUGUUGAGAAAAAUAGAAAAAAAAAAAAAAAAAAUUGGGUUUAUAAAUGUAAAGUUUGAGUGUUUUCAUGAGACUGGUUGUGUGAAAAAGUUUGAGGCUGCCUUUUGACUUUUUGUAGUGCUAUUUAUAUGUGGGCUAAGGAUUGUGGUUCCCCUUCCCCCCCCAACCCCCAACCCCCAACCCUUGAUAAUCCAGACAGUGAAAAUUUUAAGAGUAACUUUAAAAUAUUGUUUUGCCACUUGGGACAAAUUCAGAAAGGGAACUGGAAGGCCAAAACCGUCUCGUGAAAGCACUGUGAUUGGUAGGGCCCACCGCUCCGAGUAUUCUGAGUGAGGUGGCCCCUUCGGUUCAUUGUCUGUACUUUACAUUGCUGGAGCUGGAGUCGGCUUCUUGCUAUAUCGAAGCCGAGACUAAUAUCUACACCGCUGUAUACAGUUUCUUAGCUUUUUCAUUCAUGUGUAUUGGUGACUGUGGGUUCCUCAUACGGCCUGAAUUGUAUGCAUGUACCAUAACAUCUAGACUUAAUAUAUUGUGGAGUAUUCAAUAACCAUUAUGUAGAUGCUAGUAUCAAUUAAAAAAGGGUUUAAUUUCCUAGAAAAGAAAGGAAAACUGGUCAUUUUUAAAAAUAAACUUUAUUAGAUCA